AUGUCUUCGACAUCAAAUCCAACAACAACAACAUCAACAACAGCUCAACGCCGUUUAAUGCGUGAUUUACGUGAUUUAACACAAAAUCCCGUUGAAGGUAUUAAUGCAGCACCAGUUAGCGCAGAUAAUAUUUUCCAAUGGAAUGCCAUACUAGACGGACCCGAUGAUAGUCUUUUUGAAGAUGCUAGUUUUGUUUUAACACUUAAAUUCCCUCAAGAUUAUCCAAAUCAUCCACCGGAUGUGAAAUUUGUUACAAAAGUAUUUCAUCCAAAUAUAUAUAUGGAUGGAUCGAUUUGCCUGGAUAUAUUACAACAACGUUGGAGUGCAAGUUUAGAUGUUUCAACAUUAUUAGUUUCUAUUCGUUCAUUAUUAACUGAUCCAAAUCCAGCUUCACCAGCUAAUUCAGAAGCAGCAAUGCUCUAUCAAAAUCAUCGUCGUGAUUAUGAACGACGUGUACGUGAGUAUAUUGAUCAACAAAUAAUGGAAGAUGAUGAUAAUGAUGAUAAUGAAGAUGGUAAAUCAGCAACAGAUAAAAGAACUAAUGUUGCAACAACUACAACAACUUCACCACCUCCUGCAGCUAGUGACUAG